GCCCAUUGUUGGAGAUUGAGGUAUGCAGUGAAAGUGUGUGUGUUUGUGCUCGUUCAGCCAAUACCUAUAGCGGAUUCAUCAGAACAGGGCAGGACUUUGGAGGAUCUAUCGAAAGGUGUGUCUGGGAACAGAAUUCCAAAGGAAGAAAGGAAAACAGGUGGAGAGAGAAAAGUUAAAACGAAAAGGCAGCAUACGUAUUUUGGACUAAGAGGGAGACAGAAGGGCAAUGCUCAGUGAGUGGUUUUGGUGGGAUCGGCUGUGGUUGCCGAGGCCAUUGACAUGGGCGGACCUAAAGGAUGGUGAGGGGCGUGUCUACGCCCGGGUUUCCCACCUGUAUAUCACUAUACCUGUAGCAGUACUGCUGCUAGGCUUAAGAGUAAUUUAUGAAAGGCUGAUUGCUGUGCCACUUGCUGAUGCCCUUGGGGUUAAAGAUAAAGUUCGCUUAAGUGCGUCACACAACCCAGUGCUGGAAAAAUACUACAACUUAAACUCUAAACAUCCAACACAGACAGAUAUAAAAGGUGUGUGUAAGAGGUUGGGCUGGUCAGAAAGGCAGGUGGAAUGCUGGUUCCGCAAAAGGAGGAACCAGGACAGACCCGGAGUUCUGAAGAAAUUUAAAGAAGCAAGUUGGCGGUGUGCCUUUUACCUCUGUUCUACUGUUGGAGGGGUGCUGGCACUACAUGAUAAACCGUGGCUUUAUGACCUACGGGAAGUUUGGGCAGGAUUUCCCAAACAAUCACUGCUGGACUCUCAGUACUGGUAUUACAUCAUUGAGUUGAGUUUUUAUGGCUCUUUACUGUUCAGUGUGGCUGCAGACGUAAAACGGAAGGACUUUAAGGAGCAGCUGGUGCACCAUUGGGCCACUCUAACCCUGCUGUCCUUCUCCUGGUGUGCCAACUACAUCCGCAUUGGCACACUAGUCAUGCUAGUUCACGACACAUCAGAUGUCUUACUCGAGUCUGCUAAGAUGUUUAAUUAUGCUGGCUGGGAGACUACCUGCAACAGCAUCUUUGUGGUUUUUGCUUUGGUCUUCAUAGUAACCAGACUCAUCAUCUUCCCUUUCUGGCUGAUCCACUGUACAUGGGUGUAUCCUCUGGACCUGUUUGAACCCUUUUUCGGCUAUUAUUUCUUUAACGUCAUGCUGGUGGUGCUUCUGUUUUUGCACGUCUUUUGGGCUUCCCUUAUCCUUCGCAUGGUCAAAAAGUUCCUUUUCGGCAACCUGAAGGGCGAUGAGAGAAGUGAUGAAGAAGAGGAUGAGGAGGUUUCCGAGGAAGAGUAUAAACAUGGUUAUUCUAAUGGAUCUGGGACAGGACUGUCUAACGGUCACUGACAAAUAGAAAGACCUUCCGACAUAGAUAGCCUUUUAAUGCUAUGCAUAUAUUAAUGUCCAUAUUGGACCCAUGACUCAUCUGUGAAUUAAUUUUUAUUUUUUUUAUUUUAUUUGUUUUGCAUAACCUUUCAUCUUAAUGUGUGAAUAUGUACUGAUGUUUUUGUAUCUCAAUAAAAAUCUCAACCUCA